AUUCAAACCUCGCUGCCUUCGCCUGGCGUUGCCAAGCGUGUUAAUUGGGGAAACUCCUCCCCGCCGCGGCUGGCGGGCACCACCGAGGCAGCCGCGACCUCCCGCCCGCUUCGGAGCGCAGCUGCCCCAGUGCAGAGCCCCGAGCCGGUCCGGGCCGCCCCGCGGGCUGGUGCUUCGGGAGGAGGGCGCCCGGCCACCUGCUGUCCCCCCUCCCGGUGCUGAUCACUCCCGAGAGUGGACGCACCCCAGCUCGUGUGCGCCCCGCAGAGCCGGACCGUCGGGGGCGCGGCGCUCGGAGCAGACACCUGUCCCUCUCGGUCCGCAGAACCAGGGCGCUGCAGCCCGUGGUAGUCUAGUAAGCGCCCGAGCGAGUGGAAACCAAGCCCGGCAGAGGCCUCGGACCCGCGCCCGGAGAGCCAUGGCUGCAAAGCUGCUGCUUCUCCUCUGCCUGUUCUCGGGCUUGCAUGCUCGGUCCAGGAGGGUGGAAGAGGAUGACAAUGAAGACUCUCCAUCAAACCAGAAGUGGGUCUUGGCCCCCAAAUCACAAGACACCGAUGUGACACUGAUUCUCAACAAAUUGCUGCGAGAAUAUGACAAAAAGUUGAGACCGGACAUUGGAAUAAAACCAACUGUGAUCGAUGUGGACAUUUAUGUUAACAGCAUUGGUCCCGUGUCAUCCAUAAACAUGGAAUACCAAAUUGAUAUAUUUUUUGCUCAAACCUGGACAGACAGUCGCCUUCGAUUCAACAGCACAAUGAAAAUACUUACUCUGAACAGCAACAUGGUGGGUUUGAUAUGGAUACCAGACACCAUCUUCCGAAACUCUAAAACAGCAGAGGCUCACUGGAUCACCACACCCAACCAGCUCCUCAGAAUCUGGAAUGAUGGGAAAAUCCUUUACACAUUAAGGCUUACCAUCAAUGCGGAGUGCCAGCUGCAAUUGCAUAACUUCCCCAUGGAUGCGCAUGCCUGCCCUUUGACCUUCUCUAGCUAUGGCUACCCCAAAGAAGAAAUGAUUUAUCGUUGGAGGAAAAAUUCAGUUGAGGCAGCUGAUCAGAAAUCAUGGCGGCUCUAUCAGUUUGACUUCAUGGGCCUCAGAAACACUACAGAAAUCGUGACUACAUCUGCAGGUGAUUAUGUUGUCAUGACUAUCUAUUUUGAACUGAGUAGAAGAAUGGGAUACUUCACUAUCCAGACGUAUAUCCCCUGCAUACUGACUGUAGUUCUGUCCUGGGUAUCAUUUUGGAUCAAAAAAGAUGCGACACCAGCAAGAACAACAUUAGGCAUCACCACGGUGCUAACCAUGACCACACUCAGCACCAUUGCCAGGAAGUCCCUGCCUCGGGUGUCCUAUGUCACUGCCAUGGACCUCUUUGUGACUGUGUGCUUCUUGUUUGUCUUUGCCGCACUGAUGGAGUAUGCUACCCUCAACUACUAUUCGAGUUGUCGAAAGCCGACCAUCAGGAAGAAAAAGACAUCGUUAUUACAUCCAGAUUCAACAAGAUGGAUUCCUGAUCGAAUAAGCCUUCAAGCACCCUCUAAUUAUUCUCUCCUGGAUAUGAGACCCCCGCCACCCGUGAUGAUCACGUUAAACAAUUCCAUGUACUGGCAGGAGUUUGAGGACACCUGUGUCUAUGAGUGUCUGGAUGGCAAAGACUGCCAGAGCUUCUUCUGCUGCUAUGAGGAGUGCAAGUCUGGCUCCUGGAGAAGAGGCCGCAUCCACAUUGACGUCUCUGAGCUGGACUCCUACUCUCGGGUCUUCUUCCCAACGUCCUUCCUGCUGUUCAACCUGGUCUAUUGGAUUGGAUACCUAUAUCUUUAAGUGCUGCUCUGAAGGAUGACAGAAGAGUACUUGAUUCAUGUUUUUCCUUCCAUCAUCCCCAGACAAGUAGUGACCAACCAAAAAGUAGCAGGGAAGGACACUACUCCAGUUUGUUGUGUUACCUUUCAGCAGCAUGGGAAGUACUGGAAAGUAUUCUUUAUAAAUAUUUCACUCACAAACACACACACACACACACACACACACACACACACACACACACAGCAAUUGCAUUGUCAAGUGAUAUUCUUGCUAGUCCCUUCUUCAACUGGUAGUUUGAUACUUAUGAAUGGCCCUGGAUACAGAAGCUGCCAGUUACCAUGCAACCACACCUGUAAAAGAUUCAAACAAGUAUCCAGAGGUUGUCUCAGAUUCUCCCCAUUAUGUAUCUUCCCUUUGUGCCCCUUUGGCACCAGUGCCCAUGCAUACAGGCUCUCCAUUAGUGGAGAUACACACUCAUGGUGACCUCUCUCUGAGAUCUAGCUGGAACUGCAGUCUGCUUUGGUUCCUUCUGUGAGGCCUGUGUGCUCAGACACUGCUGUCCUGAGCUAGCCUCCCUCUAACUGGCACCCUUCCUUCCCACCUGGGAGGUGGUACUAUGCGAUUUUUAAAAUUUGUUUCUGAGACCAAGACUGCUGUUCGUCUCUAACUCUCACAAAGUAGUGACUUUAUUACUGACUGCCAAGCAUCAGUGACAUUGGUAUCCUGGGUCCCUGGACCAGUUGCAUUUGAGUUCAGCAUUUCUCAAAGAGACAUGAUUUAUAAGACCAAGUCUCAGUCUCAGACAAUGAGGGUAGCUUAUAUUAUUGUUAGGGAUUUGGUAAUUCUCUUCAUCCUGCAAAGACAUGCAAUGAGGGUAGGCCUUUGUUUUGAAACUGCAUUCCACAGUGUAAAAUAACAUAGAUAUUCAUAUAUUUAAUCAUGAACAUUAACUUUCAAGCCAAACUGACUUUAGAUGAAAAACAUGGGUGAUGGUUAUUGUCAAUUAUACAUUUUGAUGAGCAAAAAUUGUUUUAUACUUUGAAAUAUGGAUGCAUAGCAAAAUCCCAAAGAAACCCUCCCAAAUCAAUUCUCUUUUGAUAUUUUUAUAGCACAAAAACAAAUUUGCUUCUUGAUAUUAGUUCUUGGCUAUGACCAGAUGCUCUUGUGCAUUCCAGGUCUAUGACUCUUUUGAAGUAUCCUCUAUUGGUGACACCCACAGAUUUCCACUCAUCAGCAGUAUCUUGGCACUAUUGCAGUGUCCACAGUAGAAUCCUUGUGUACUCUUCUCCCACAAAGCUGAAUUAAUUUUAUUGAAAUUAAUGAAUUUUUCAGUUUCUAUUACACAUACCAUAUGGCUUCUUAGAAAAGGUAAAACGUCGUACAAAUAGAAUAUAACAACAUGCUGACUUGACACAACUUAUUAGAUGUAUUUCAGAAAAGAUAAUGGUAUGGAAGAGACCGGAAAAACUGAAAGUAGAUACUUUUGCUAAUUCUUUCUAGUACUGUUGCACAUGAAGUGGAUGUGAAAAUGGGCACAACUCUCAGUUGAAAGGGUAAUAAUAGCUGUCCAUGUGUAUGUGAUAUUCAGUCUUUUCUUUCUGAGUUUCUACUAACAAACUAGUUUGAUAGUUACUACGUAAGGCUCAAGAAAAAUUGGCUUCUAGUUAGAAAAUUCAAUUUAAAAGAAUUAAAAUAAUAAACACCAAUAAGGAA